UAGCUGCGCUUUGACGCUAGUUCGUAAUUAGUUGUUUGUAUAAGAAGAUUUGACAUGUAACAGUAUACUCGUAUUAUCAAUCAACAACCUUUAUCAUAUACACAUUGUUGUCAGUUUUGCCAUAAAAUAUAGUGUAAAUAACUCAAAUAUAGGAAUCGAGAAAAUGGAAGAGGACCUAAAAUCUAAAACAGAUCAAGCAUGUAGGACUGCAGAAGAUUUUAUUAAAUUAUAUUAUGAUAGUGUAGAUAAACGUAGAUAUUUAAUGUCAAGAUUAUAUAUGGAUGAUGCUACUUUGAUUUGGAAUGGUAACGGUGUUAAAGGAAAAGAGCAAAUUCAAAGCUAUUGGACAGAGUUGCCUGCAACGGAUCAUUCAGUGGUUUCUUUAGAUGCACAGCCUAUUAUUGCACCUUCUGUAUCUGGACAAUUAUCAUUUCUUGUUAGAGUUAGUGGCCAAGUAAAAUACCAAGAGCAAGGCUUUUCAGUAAAGUCUUUUAAUCAAAUAUUUUUAGUUACUGCAAUGAAAGACAGGUGGAAAAUAGUGAGUGAUUGUUUUAGAACACAAGAAGCACUUGAUAGUUGAUUUAAAAUUUUUCAAAAGUUAAUUUAUGUAAAUGUCUUAGUGAUAAAUUGUUUUUUAUAUGCAUACAAUCUUAAAAAUAAUCAAAUGUGCUAAGUUCUACAGUGCAAGAAUAAAACUAACAUGGUUGAAUUUGAUCAGUAUUUUUAUUUUC